AUGUGUUAUGAAGGCACAAGAAGUGGUACAGAAGUGUAUUUAGAAACAACUCUACCAACUGAUAGUACCGUCACUGAUUGUUCGUGUACAGUAACUACAUUUGGUAGUGGUACUAAUCCAGCACAGGUAGAUUUCAUACCAAAACAAUAUUGGUCAUCCUGCUAUUAUAAACAACUUAUUAUGUUCAAAGGUGCCACAGCAACGUAUAGCUGUACUAAUGGAGUAGCCAGACCGACAUCGUUUUUCGAUAUGAUAGAUAAUUCAACAGCCACGGUUUCUCUACAAGAAGAGUUUAAGUCUGGAGACACUGCUUUAGACACUUGUUUACAAAUAAGAGCAUUUACAAACAACGUGAACCUGCAAGUUAAAUGUUUUAAAGUAUUAUCAAUGACCACAACACAACAAGAAUUAACAACCACACAGCAAGUACCCACAACCACUCAACAAGAAAUAACAACUAUACAACAAGAAUCAACAACUAUACAACAAGAAUCAACAACUAUGCAACAAGAAUCAACAACCAAACAGCAAGUACCAACAACCACUCAACAAGAAAUAACAACUAUACAACAAGAAUCAACAACUAUGCGACAAGACUCAACAACUAUACAACAAGAAUCAACAACUAUGCGACAAGACUCAACAACUAUACAACAAGAAUCAACAACUAUGCAACAAGAAUCAACAACCACACAGCAAAUACCAACAUCCACACAACAAGAAAUAACAACCACACAGCAAAUACCAACAUCCACACAACAAGAAAUAACAACCACACAGCAAGUACCAACAACCACUCAACAAGAAAUAACAACCACGCAGCAAGUACCAACAACCACUCAACAAGAAAUAACAACCACGCAGCAAGUACCAACAACCACUCAACAAGAAAUAACAACCAAACAACUAGAAUCAACAACCACACAACAAGAUUCAAAUGAUUCAAAUAUCAGAAAAACAACAGUUAGGCAAGAAACCGGAAAUGAUGGGAGUGUUUCAGAAGUUGAUGGAAGAAAUUUGCCUGGUGAAGUUACUAAACCAAGACAAGAUAUGGUUGUACCUAUUGGUCUCGGUGUUGGAAGUUUUCUAAUAUUAGUUGCUGUUAUUUUAGUUUUUGUUUGCAACAAACGUUCCAGGCAGAGGAAUAAUAAGCCUGAUGUGGAAAAUGAUAUCUUGGUAACGAAUGGUGAUGAAACUCCCAAAGCUCUUUCUUCACCCCUAGAUCGAAAUGAAGAAAUUUGGACAGAACCAAGUACUUCCCCUGACGAACAAGACGGACCGGCGUACGUAAAUCAUGAAAUAACAACUGAAAAUGGUGAUGUUGGUAUAUUUGCUGUUGAUGAUGUAUCCGAGAGUAAUAAUGCUGGCCCCGAGUAUAAUAAUGCUGUCCCUGAUAAUGAUAAUCCUGUUCCUGAUACGGAUAAUGUUGUGCCCGAUAAUGAUUUGCCACCUCCACCACUAAAUAUUUUUUAUUGAGGAUAACUUAAACACAAAACUCUAUUUACCAUUAUCAAAAACAAUCUAGAUUUACAAUAUUAGAACAAAUAUGAUGUUUAAGUUGUGUACUUUUGAAAAUCUAAUACGGCAGUCUCGACUCAAUCUAAUAAAAAAGAGACUAUUAUUACCGCAUGUAGAAGCAUGAAGAAAUAUAUAUUUCACAAACUGUUCAAGAUUAUGUAACAACUCAAGAGGGUAUUCCAUGAAAAUUUGUUUUUCGGUGUCGUCGUUUUAUAUCAUUUUGCAGCUCAGCCACCCGAAUCAUUAAUAAAAUAAAACCUAUUGAAAGAUUUAUAUCUUACAAAAAAAAAAGAUAAUGUGUUCAGUAGAUUAUCUCCCUUUUUCUCUUUGUCGCAAAAUUAUACCUGCCGAUUCACACACCUAACUUAGGCUACUGCAUUAUUAUACCUAACAUGCACCUAUUUAAUUAAAAUAUUGAGCUCUCUUUACCCUUAUAGCAAGAAUUCUAUUGAAUCUUAUCCUUUAAU